CUUCUUCUUCUUCCCGACUCUUCCCCCCGAAGCUCCCCUUAAGCCACCGACUUCUUCCUCCUUUGAAAACCAGUAGAAGACUUGAAAUUUCUUCUUUCCUUCUUGUUCAAGAAUUGAUUUGGGGCUUAGAAUCUUCCCUCUCAACCUAGAAAUCCCGGAUCUGCUCUGCUUCUUCCUCCCUUGUCCGUCGGGUUCUGCUGGGUUUGAAUCCUUCGGCUUUUUCUGCCGCGAGUUCCCCUGCAGAAUUUCUUCUUCUCUGCCGCCGGCUUCUCCCCCCUGCUAGGCUCGGUUUUGCUUGUUAAAUUCUGGUAUGUGACAGCCCUCCAACCCCGAAUUUGUCCGUUGAUUUGCUGCCUUGAAUCUUGAAUUUUCUGCCUUUGAUUUGCCCUUGUACUGUUCGGGAAUUUCUGUUGAAAUUGGGAAUGAAUUUUGGUAGCUUUAAGCUAUGUUUUUAAGUGUGGUUUAAGUAGAAAAUUAGCUUGAGUUGGCCUGUAGUGAUUUUUGGAGAAAACCCGCACUGUUCACACAUCGAGGGUCAAUAAUUAACGGGGAUUUAAAUGAUUAGUUUGUGAUAUAAGAAUGAAUGUGGAGAUGUCCGGUUAUGUGAAGAUUGAUAGAAAUAGCACCGUGAUUAGGGGUAGUCCCGAUGAUGAUUUUACUUUGAAUUUGUGGUAGCGCGGUAUUAAUUGUGGAAUAUUGUGAUUAGGUUUUGAUCGUUCUGUCACCGUAGCACUUGGGUUAGCCUUCUGUUCUGUGCGAGUAAGGUAAGUAAAUCAUGGUAAAGCCCUUCGAUUUUAAAGCAUGUUUUAAACUGUUUUUGAGAUGGUGGCAAGGUUUAAAUUGAUUUUAAAUUGAUUUUAUCAGCAUCUGAGGGUGAUUAAACUGAAAUGAGAAUUUGGAUGAUUUUCAUGAGAAUUUCCUUGUUUUUUUCUGAAAUUGAGCAUGAUUGGAAUGAAAAUAAGGAUUUUAUUGAUUUUCUGGAAAUGAGCCUGAUUGAGAAAUGAAAAUGAGAAUUUCAUUGUUUUUCUGGAAUAGAGCAUGCCUAUUUGGGAAUUGACUGAACUGCUUUGAUGAACUGAGAAUUUUGUAAAUGUUGAGUUUUCUGUUAAAUCCAUGCCCGCAUGGAAAUUUUCCAGUUUGUUCUGAAAUUCGGGAUUGAUUGUGAAAUUGGGGUUUUUUCUGUAAUCCUACAUGGUUUUGUCUCUGAUAUAGUCAUGAAUUCCGAUCCCCGCUAGUGGGUGUGUAGCAUCCCUGAUCCCCACUAGUGGGUGUAACGCUAGCACUCCUGAUCCCCGCUAGUGGGUGUGUAGCAUCCCUGAUCCCCGUUAGUGGGUGUAACGCUAGCAUAUGUCGACAUGUUUAUUGAUAUGACCGGUUUAUUCUGACGCCUGCCAUUGGGCGAAUACAUUGGCAAAUUUCUGUCGCCUGCCAGUGGGUUGUUAUAACACUGGCCAUGACUUAUAGAUGAGACGACUGAACUGAGUUUUCUUCUGCAUUAACGAUUUGCCAGGAAACGUUUUGUUAUUGAACCGAAUUUGAUUUUCGCAUUAACAGUUUAUCAGUGAAAGUUCUGUUAUGGUUACAUGGUUUAUCUGGCAUGUUAAAAGUUUUACCCAGGGGCUAUCCAUAUUUACUUACUGAGUUAUCUCAUAGUUUUCCUUGUCCACCAUUUCAGGAAGCGAUACCGAGGACGGGGAAAUCAAGGGGAGUGACGAGUUAGAAGGCUAUCCAUUUCGAGAUUGAUAUAGAUUUAGAAAUAAGUCAUGAUCCUAUAAGCUAGAGUGUAUUUGGAGAUUUUAUGAUAUCAGAGCAGAUUGUAAAAAUUUGAUCUUGAGAUUUUGUGGUAUCAGAUUGUGAUUUAAAUAAGUUCCAAGCCUUGUGCACUUGUGGGACCCGUCUCACGAGUGCACGGCGUCUGUCGCGUCUCGGAUUUGGGUUCUGGGGCGUGACAAUUGUAAUGGAUUAUAAUGAUAAUUUUUAAAUUUACCACAAAUUUUUA